AUGACGACCUCUAUUGAAGAAGAAACUAUCCGCAUUGCACUUAAGGACUCCGACUAUGGACGAAUCCUUAAGACGAUCGAGAACAACGCGUUCAGCGAAACCACUAUUCUCACCCCCAUGUACUCCCAAGUGAUCGACGACAUCCUUGGUGAGCAAGACGCCAGACUCAGUGCAGGGACAUCCCUUGCUGUCUGCAUUAUCCGUACCACGAAGCUACUGGAAGACGUAGCCAAUCGUGAUGACCUCGAUGAAAGCACGAAGAAACUUGCCGUGCUUCAUUUACAGAAAAGGAUUCGCGUACUCGCGCUUCACCUCCUUCCGCUCGACUUCCCAGACAUCGUGAACCAAGCUGUCAGAACAGUCGAGGCAAGGCCUCAUGUUGAAGAAAGAUCCCGACCGGACCUGACCAUCUGUUGGUCCACUGCCCUCAACUCAAUGGAUGCAUCGUACUCCAAGAGUUUAGAGAUGAAGAGAAGUUUUUCGAAGCUCUCUUAG